AUGUUUAAUAAUAUCGCCAAUCAAUUAAUUGAAAAGUAUAAGAACUUGAAAAUAUCACAGUAUAAAAACCAGCCAUCUUUACAGGAUGCUAACAAGAUGCAACAACUUUUACAAAAUAAUGUGUUUGCCAGGCAAAUAGUGGGUUUAUCACAAAGUCUGUGUUUGAAGUAUGAUAGAAAUCCAGAUUGGUACUCCAUAGUUAUGGAUACCAUUGAUUUGUCAAAGAUUUAUUCCAACGUUGAAAAUAUACCACAAGAGUCACAAUCUAGCGGAGAAACAAAGGAAGAUCUGGAUUAUGAAGCCACAUUGGUUAAAGAGUUGUUACGCUACUUUAAGGAAGAUUUUUUCACUUGGUGUGAUAAACCAAUAUGUCUAACAUGUGGGACAAAAGAGCACCAAGUUUUCAAAUGUACUAAAAGCCCAAACAAUUUAGAAAAAUCAGGAGAUCCCGGUUGUUCCGUGGUUGAAGUAUAUGAAUGUAAUGUUUGUCACGGCCUUACAAGAUUUCCCAGAUACAAUAAUCCAAUUAAACUGUUGGAAACACGGACAGGCAGAUGUGGUGAGUGGUGUAAUUUAUUUAUGUUAUUUUUGAAAAGUUUUGGAUUGAAAUCAAGAUAUAUAUGGAACAAGGAGGAUCACGUUUGGUGUGAAUACUAUUCAGACAAGGAAAAGAGAUGGAUUCAUUUAGACCCAUGUGAGAAAAGUUACGAUGAGCCCUUUAUUUAUUCGCGUAAUUGGAAUAAGAAAAUGAGUUAUGUUUUUGCAUUCGGUAACGAUGGCGUAGUAGACGUCAGUAAAAGAUAUAUUGUAGAAUCCAAAAACCAGUUACCAAGAAAAGAUAUUGAUGAAACUGAUUUAAAAUUUUUGUUUCAACAAUUGACUAAAAGUUUGAGACGCGGCUUAAAUGAUGAAGAGUUGUAUAGAUUGGGUUGUAGAGAUGAGCUGGAAAAAUUGGAGUUGGGUGGAUAUAGUAGAACAACGGAAAAAAAUACAACUUCCACCACCGAUACUGUAGGCCGUAUCAGUGGUUCUGCUGAUUGGAAAUCAUCAAGAGGUGAAGAUGGGGGGGCUACAGAAUAA